AUGCGUCCUGGCGCCCACCCUCUUCAAUCUUAUGUUCUCUGCCAUGCUGAUGGACGCCCCGGGAUCCGCUUCGCCUACGGGACGGACGGCCACCUCCUCAACAAAAGUAGGAUGCACUUUCAAUCGCGAGUAUCCACAACCACUCUUCACAAACCCCUCUUCGCCGACGACUGCGCCCUGAACACCACCUCGGAAGGGGGUAUACAAAGGAGCAUGGAUCUCUUCUCCGCCGCCGCCUGCGAGAACUUUGGUCUGGUCGUCGACACGCAGAAGAUGGUAGUCAUGCAUCAACAGCCACCCAACACAGCUCACAAUGCGCCGCAAAUCAGCGUGAACGGAACCCAAUUGCAAGUAGUGGACAACUUCCCGUAUCUGGGCAGUGCCCUUUCCUGCAGCAAGAAAAUCAACGAUGAAGUAGCCCACCUGAAUUCGAAGGCCAGUCAAGCCUUCGGCCGUCUUCAAAGCGCAGUUUGGAAUCCUCACGGUCUUCAGCUCAGCACGAAGCUGAAGAUGUACAAGGCCGUCGUCCUCCCGACGCUGCUGUAUGGAGCUGAGACUUUUACGAUGUACACGAAGCAGGCACGCCGGCUCAACCGCUUCCACCUCAGCUGUGUUCUCCGCAUACUGAAGCUGAGAUGGCAGGGCGAAAUCCUGGGCACUGAUGUACUGAAACGGACGGGAAUCCUCAGCAUUUUCACCAUGCUGAGACAACUACAACUGCGUUGGAGCGGCCAUCUCGUGUGGAUGGACGAUAAGCGGCUACGCAAAAGACUCUUCUAUAGAGACGUCGCCUCGGGUUCCCGUCGCCCAGGAGGUCAAAGUCGUCGCUACAAGGAUAUUCUAAAGUCCACCCUGAGGCGUCCGCAAAAUUAA